CAAAACCUCCAUUUCUUCCUGUCUUCUCCUUCUUCUAUCUCAGAGUGGCAAUGGAGCAAAAAUCAGACACCAACGUUAGCAUGACUGAAGGAGGAGACACCGUCAAGAUCCUCUUGAAAACUCAGGGUCAGCGUAAGGUAUGCUGUCAAAUGAAUCGGAGCUGCCAACUAGAGCGGCUUUUCCGGACAUUCUGUACCAUGAUGGACCUCGACUACCGGUUCGUCGAGUUCCUCCACAAUGGACAUCGUGUCUUUGGGUCCAGCUCUCCGGAUCAACUCGAUCUGGACGAAGCAGAAGCUGACGAAGGUAUGAUCGAGAUCGAUGCCUUUGUGCGCCAAAUGGGAGGUUGUCCCAGACGAUAUGAAGGCCGAGAAAUCGCUGAUUUCUCGAAGAAUAUUAUUAACUACUAAUCAUAAUCAAGCAUGCGCUCAGAAGAAGUUAAGCUACGAUUGACAGCUUUUGUGUUAUUAGUUAUCGCAGGUAGACUAGACAGCUAAUGUAAUCCUUAUAACCCGAAGUGAGCUGACCUGCUAAGUCUCUUGCAUCUAAAUUCAGCGGUGCUUAUGCCGUCGAAUGGUAUCGAUAAGUAUUUUUGUAUGUA